AUCCCUGGAUUUUCAGCAUAUAUAUACAUCUAUCCAGCACCCAAGCAUCCUUGCAGGGAGCAGCCCCAGGAGCAGGGAUCGCUGCCGGUAGAGUAGGUCUUCUGAGCCCCGGCACCGGUCGCCUCAUGAUGUGGGAACUCCGCUCUGUAGCCUUCACCCGCGCCGUCUUUGCCGAGUUCGUGGCCACCCUACUCUUCAUAUUCUUCGGCCUGGGCUCUGCCCUCAGCUGGCCCUUGUCUCUCCCAACCAUCCUGCAAAUCUCGCUGGCCUUCGGCUUGGCUAUCGCCACGCUGGUCCAGGCCCUGGGGCACGUCAGCGGAGCCCACAUCAACCCAGCCGUGACGGUUGCUUGCCUCGUCGGCUCUCACAUCUCCUUCCUCAGGGCUGUCUUCUACGUAGUGGCCCAGAUCCUGGGAGGGGUUGCUGGGGCAGCUAUCUUGCACGAGAUCACCCCUCCAGACAUCCGGGGAAACUUGGCCGUCAACAAGCUGUACAACGAGACAACCACAGGACAGGCAGUCACCAUGGAGCUCUUCCUCACCUUCCAGCUGGUCCUGUGCAUCUUUGCGUCCACGGAUGACCGCAGAAGUGAUAACGUGGGGUCUCCAGCCCUAUCCAUUGGCCUCUCUGUUGCCCUGGGACAUCUCCUGGGGAUCAACUACACAGGCUGCUCCAUGAAUCCGGCCCGGUCUUUUGCCCCCGCUGUGAUAGUGGGAGACUUCACCGACCACUGGGUCUUCUGGCUGGGCCCACUGGUCGGGGCAGUGGCUGCCUCCCUAAUCUACAACUACCUUCUCUUCCCACACACCAAGACGCUCUCCGAGAGACUCGCCAUCUUCAAAGGCUUCGAGCCGGAGGAGGACUGGGAGGAGCGUGAAGCCCGCAGGAGACAAUCUGUGGAGCUCCACUCCCCUCAAAGCAUGCCCAGAGGCAUGACGGAGAAGGUCUAGCCAUGUCCACGUGGCUCCCUGCUCUACUGGCGCUAGCGGUACCCUCCGACACACGCCUUAGAGACAAUAGUGCAUUCAGACAAGUGGCAAGUAUCCCCUAGGAGUACAGGGGCUGCCAUCUGCCCACAUCUCCAGGGGAGAUGCCCAGUGAACCACCCUAGGCUUGCUCCCCUCGCAAGCUGACCCUCUAGCCCGGGGGAACUAAACUUGCCCACCCAGCUUUCAGUGUGAGGAUGAAGGGCCAGGAACAAGUCAUCCGUGCCCAAAACAGACACCAGCUCCUCCCAGGAAACCCUAGUGGCAUCAUGCUUAGCAACAGGACACAAAAUGCCCGGGUCAUUUUCCCAGCUCUGCCAUCCAUACACUGUGUAGCAAGUGACUUACCUUCUUUGCGCCUCAGUUUCCCUUCCGUUCGGUGAGGACACCACUGCCUAGCUCAGCGCGCUGCAUGAAUGCUCAUUGCAAGUUUUGAAUCUGCAAAGACAUCACGCAAGACUUUAUUAUUGCCGUUUGAUGAGGUGGGGAGGUAGCCAUGCUUCAUCGCUCCCAACCUACCACCUGCCCCUUGCUCGGUGUAACCAGCAUCUCUUCCAUCACAGGCUCUCUGCAUUUCUGUGGCAGCUGAAGCAAUGAUAGUGUGAACCGUUCGGUGUCCAGACUUAAAAUGCACCGAUUCCCAAACUCUUGCCUUUCUGUAGAUUGAACUGCAGACGUCACUGAUUUCAAGACAAUUUGAACUAAUAGAAAUGAUAUCCUUUAAAUCCCCGAUUCUCUCUCUUUUUAAUUCCUUGUUCUUAUUUGUUACUUCCCUACAGAAAAAUGUAAUCCAGGGUCUUCAGAAAACCCAAAGAAACUUUCUCAGUAUUUAUCCCAGAAACAAGAUGGGGUAAAUAAUUACUAUUCCUCAUUCUAUUUUUCCUUCCAGUACUAAAUCUCUUCUGAUUUAGACUUAUUUAUUAUCUGUUGUGGCAUAUUAAGCUAAAAUGAAACUAAACAGGGCUAUGGAAUAUGGAGUUUUAACAUGUCUGAAGAUGCGUUGCAUUAAUUUGCAAGUAAAGCACCUCAAUGCUAUUUGUACAUGUUUUAAAUCUACCUGCAUAAAUCAAAUAAAAAUAAAUGACACAUUGAUUUACAGAG